UGUGACCGCCUAUGCCCGGUGCCUUCUCCGGCACUUACCGAUAUGUUCGGUAUCAGAGGGUCAAAUGUCAAUGGUAUAAGAAUAAGAGCCAAAAAGGUUUAAGCAAAAACGGGUUUGGGUAGUUGGGUUUUUGGAGGGUUUUGGCUUGCAAUCCGAGGGAGACUGCGGGAGAGCGAGAGGUGUUUUGUGUUCUUUUUUAAUUGUUUUCCUGGAGAGAGAGCAGAAAAUGUUGGAGAUAUAGGUAGCGUUUCAAACAACGAUUCCGCAGUGAGGAGAAAUAGAGAGAGAGAGAAUUAUGGGUUAGAAAAUGAGAGAAGUUCACUGUUGCGAGGGGGAUAAAGAUUAGAGAUAGAGGAAGUGUGUCGUGAGGUGCGCCUGUGUGUGUUGCAGAAAUAGGGGGAAUUCUUCUGUUUUCUUUUUCUUUUCUCUUUCUUUCUUUGUAUAACUGUAUCACGCAAACAAAAGCUUCUGAAUUUCGAUCUGGGCUUGCAUUACGGUGAAGAAUUCUCUCUGGGUUGCUAGCUAGCAGGUUCUUGUUGUUGGCUUUCUGUGAGCUUUUUGAUUGGUGGCUCUGCUGCACAAGUUUGAUAACAAUUGGAUCUUGAAAUGCAUCUUUCUUGGCGCUUUCACUGAGAUAUGGUGUUGAAGAGGAGGUUAGACUAUGGAUUCAAUGGCUACGAGUUUCCUCCUAUACCCAGAGCUGCCAGAUCAGCAAGGAGGAGGGUUCCCUUCAAGAAGCGGUAUCAAGAGAAUCAGAUGUGUGCGUUUGACUUGUUGGCUGUGAUAGCGGGAAAUUUGUUGCUCGAGAAAGAUACUGCUCCCGUAUCCAGUAACGCAGUGCCUAAUGAUGAAUCUGCCGUAAACAAGGUACAUGAAAUUGAGGAAAAAACUUCGGAAGUAAAAGUUCAAGAUCAAGAAAGUCCUGCCAGAAGUGUCUUUAUAUCUGGGAUUCUCCAUAACAUUCCUGAGGAAGAUCAUUGUCAUAAAGAACCAUUGUACAACGACAAUAAUCAUUAUGUAGGCUUAGCCUCUCGAACAGCAACCUCUGGUGGCAAGGAAAAGUUCGAUGGGGAUAAGGUAGUGAAUGGAGAAGAUAAGAGUGCCAUGGGAACUUUUUCUUCUCGCAAGAUGGCAGUAGGCUUCUCAGGAAACUUUGAUGAUUCUAUUGAAACUAAAGUAGAUGGGAAAGUUGAAGAUAAUCUAAAAGAUGAGCUGUUUAAGUCUGACAAGCUGGAAAAUGGAACGUGUGGUGGUAUGUUCAGCUCAGACAAUACAUUAUGUGCACACCAUAUUCCUCAUUGUUCUAGUCCUGCAAAUGGGGAUAAUGUAAAUAUAGUUAGUAGUAGAGAUGAUGACGAAAACUCUUCUGGGUGUACUCACCCUAGCACCAUGAAAAGGUUUUUUAGACGGACUCCUCGCAUUGGAGACCGAAGAAUCAAGAAAAUCUUUGCUUCAAGAUGUUGGAAGGUAGCCUCAAGAUUGAAAGAUACAAGCUUUUCGAACAGACAAGGGGAUUUGAAGCCCUUUUAUCAUACUGGGAAGAACUACUAUAAACUUGACAGAUCUGAAAGGCUGUAUCCUAUCAAAAAGAGGAAACGCUUCAGCUAUAGCUCACCGUCGAGUUCUUGUGGGAUGAUUGAUACUGAUUUAGCUCAGAUGGGCUGCAAUGGAGAUGGUUCUGGUAUGCUUCAAAUACUCACCAAUGGGUCUAUAGCGUCAUCCUCAAGUGGUGGGGAACAGUUUACAUUCCAACCUAGGGAUUCUCGGGUUAAGCUUCGGAUAAAGUCAUUCAGGGUGCCUGAGCUUUUCAUUGAGAUCCCAGAGACUGCUACCAUUGGUUCCUUGAAGAGGACUGUGGUGGAUGCUUUCACAGCAAUACUUGGAGGCGGAGUGCGCGUUGGUGUUCUUCUUCAGGGAAGGAAGCUUAGGGAUGACCAUAAGACGUUAUUGCAGACUGGAAUCUCUAACAGUAACCACUCUGAUGCUCUAGGUUUUAGUCUUGAGCCUAAUCCCCUGCAUAGCAAUGGUUCUGCGUGCUCAGGAGAUUUCACUUCUACGGUUUCCCGCCAGACACCACACCCUCUUAGCAGGUAUUGGCACACUCCAAGUGCAGUGCAUCAGGGUACUAGUGCUGCUUCUCCUGAGCCGCAAACGGUCAAUGUGGGGAAUUUGGUUGAAAGUGACCACGACUCGGCUCCUUCCCCUACAGACCACUUAAUUGAUCAAAGCACUAACGACCCAAAAGCACAGGUGGCAGCACCAGCUCUGAAUGGAACAGCAGGUGCACUAAGUGUGAUUUCAGCCAACCGGAAAUCCAAGCAAGCUGAGAUGGCUCAGCGCCGAAUUCGUCGACCUUUCUCUGUAACUGAAGUUGAAGCAUUGGUACAAGCAGUUGAACAAAUUGGAACUGGGAGAUGGCGUGAUGUCAAAGUGAGAGCUUUUGAUCAUGCAAAGCACCGAACUUACGUGGAUUUGAAGGCAAGUUUUGUCAUGCUAUUUGGACAAGUGGAAAACACUGGUGCACACGGCAAGAAUAUCCCCACAACAAAGGAGGGGAGAGCCAGUACCCCAAGAACUGCUGGACAGGGUUCUAACUGCUCAUGCCUAUUGGUCCCACCAACAAGCCAACCAACAACAGCUCAAUCAGCAGCAACUCUCAGACUCUUGUACUUUUCCUGCUCCUCUGGUAGCUAUACCUUAAAGAAGGUGGAUUUGCUGAAGACCCCAAUUUAGGUUAAUUGCUGGUUUGUAAGAGAUGUCUAGUUGUUAGUUGAAUUUGUAUUUUUGCUGUUACUAUGAUGUACAGAAACGAGGCUACAGGCAAGGGAUAGCAGUUGUGGAGUUGGGGGUAUUUGGUAAUGUAGUAUUCGAUAUUUGCAGUAAUUUUUCAUGGUUGAUUCUUUCCCUUGAUGGACCUGGUACUGGAUGACGUGAGAAUAAGAGCCUUUGGCUAACACUAGGCUGUGCUUCUUCCAU